CAGCCGGCAGCGCGCACCGGCCGCCGCCGGCGGGGCUAGCCGGGGCGGCGGGGGCUAUUGUGUGCACCAGACGGGGACACACUUACACACACUCACACGCAGACACACACACACGGAUCGGAGGGAAAAUAUCGCGAGAGCGGCCGGUGAACAACCUGCUCCACAAACCCCGCCGCGCCGCCGGCCCCGCGCCGCACCCGCGGAGCGCCGCGCACAUGCGGACGCCGAGCCCCGCCGCCGCACGCCGGUUAUGAAGGAAGAAUGGAGUUUCCAGACCAUAGCCGCCAGUUGCUGCAGUGUCUGAGUCAGCAGCGUCACCAGGGCUUCCUGUGUGACUGUACUGUUUUAGUUGGAGAAGCUCAAUUCAGAGCUCACAGAGCCGUUCUUGCCUCUUGCAGUAUGUACUUCCAUCUUUUCUACAGGGACCAGUUAGACAAAAGGGAUAUUGUGCAUCUGAACAGUGACAUUGUCACAGCCCCUGCCUUCAGCCUGCUGCUCGAAUUCAUGUACGAGGGAAAGCUGGAAUUCAACAGUCUCCCGGUGGAAGAUGUGCUGGCUGCUGCCAGCUACCUUCACAUGUAUGACAUUGUGAAAGUCUGCAAGGGCAAGUUGAAAGAUAAAGAAUUAUGUUCGGAAGAGAAGAUUAAUGAUGAGGCGGCUGGUUUGGAGAAAACGGAGCAUUUUCUGGAUGCCGGAGUGCCCCUGGUCCACGAGUUUGACCCAGGAAACAAACAAAAAUUCAGCGUUGCAGAAUAUGAGAGAGCAGCAGGCAAAGAAAAGGUCAGCAGUCACCCUGCCUGGUCCUCUGAUCAUCUAAGUGUCAGCUCUGUGCCGACAGAGGCAGAACCGUGUGCCGCAGCAGCUGGAAAAACAAAGGCUAAUGUCAAUAGUUCCACGGGACCUUUGUCCCAAAGGUCUGUUAACCAUCCCCUGGCUUCAAGUGAUGUGGACUGUGCGCUGGAUUUGUCUUUCAAGCCCGUGCCGGGGAGAGAUUCCUUACACCCCUCCUAUGUCUUUGGACAGCUGGCUUCCGACAGCCAGCAGCAGGGUACCGAGCCACUUGUUAAAGAUGAACAAGACUUGCUGUCAGAUCAGGAGGACGGCGAAGCCAGGAGUCCAGAGAGUCAGCAUUUUGGGAAUUCAGCCAAAAGCCUAGUGACAGGGUUAGGACACAUGUUCGCGGGGAAUGGCAGCUCUCAUGCCCGAGAGGAGGAUAUAGAUCAAGAGCGAGACGAGAGCGAGGACGACAUGGAUUCCUCGGACAUCUCCUCGGGUGUCCUCGUGCCUCCUGGGCAUAUCUGCAUCUGCCCCCUCUGUAGCAAGGUGUUCCCGAGCCCACACAUCCUUCAGCUGCACCUGAGCUCUCACUUCCGUGACAAGGACGGCUCCCGGACCCGCCUGUCCCCUGACGGGUCUGUCCCCACUUGUACCCUCUGCGGAAAGACUUUUUCUUGCAUGUACACCUUAAAAAGGCACGAGAGGACUCACUCGGGCGAGAAGCCCUACACCUGUGGCCAGUGUGGAAAGAGCUUCCAAUAUUCCCACAACCUCAGCCGCCACGCCGUGGUGCACACCAGGGAGAAACCCCACGGGUGCAAGUGGUGUGAGAGACGGUUCACGCAGUCUGGGGAUUUGUACAGACAUAUCCGCAAAUUUCAUUGUGGCCUUGUAAAGUCCUUGGUUGUUUGAGAUGUGGGAUUUCUAUUUUUUUUUUUUCUUCCCCCCGCGCCCUUUUUAAAAUGAAACGGGAAAAAAAGGCAGCAUCUGAAUUUUAUUCUCCCCCCCCCCUUUUAUUUUAUUUUGGUGAUACUCACUUCAGGUAUAUGAUCUUUAAAAGAUUCAGAGGUGUACACUCCAGAGGCCUUUUAAUGCAAUCCUUCCACCUCUCCAUCCCCCUCCUUCCCCUGCCACACUCCCUUUCCAGCCCUGUCCUUUAGGUCUUCUCUUGCACACCCAUGUUACAUUAUUAAUGUGAAAUGAUCUAAGUAAUUCUGCAGUGAUUUAGCAUCUGUUUUCAUGCUGGAAGUACUUGCUUCAUGGUCAGGGGGUUGGUUUGUUGGUUUUUUUGGUUUUGUUUUCUUUUUCAGUUUUAAAAAAGAUUAUCAGCAAAUUCCAGAGAAAAAUUUGAAUUCCAUUAAGCUCCCCUAGUGCUCUCUGUGUGUUGCAUGGAAACAUCCAGAGAUGAACCAUGAUUUAAAUGCAUUUCAGUGGAGAGAAACUUGUCUGCAUGUCGCAGAGUAAGCGGCCGUGCUCUUAUUUUACAGAGCUAGACAAGACCUUAAAUUGGCACCUGUAUGAAGGGGGUUGAGGAUUCCGGGCUUUGUCUUUGGUAGGGGUCAUUUUUAUUCUCUUCAUUAUAUUGGAAUAGUUCUGCAAUUGAUCCUAAAAUCUGAAUGAGAAGUUUUUACCUUGGGACUUAAAUUUUCCUUCCCCCCUCCCCAUCCUCAUCUGUGGACUGACCUGCUGAAAAGCUGCUUUUGAGCAUAAGACGUGGACAGAAAAACUCUUCCUGUCUGCAGUGUAUUCCCUCCUGAAAUAUCGAGGGAUGCACACUAGAACAUAGGAAAAAAUCAUAUGAUAUAUGAAUAUUUUCAUUCCCAUAUCAACACCCAGGGGUGGAUCCUGUCCCCCUUGAGGUGGAGUGGGACACGGGAGCCCUAAAGUGGCUAAACAGCCUGUCUCCAUGUCAAGUUCUUGGGGUGUCUUAGUUCAAGGUAACUCGUACCAUGUGUGUUAGGUGAUGCCCUGCUCUCUUGUCUGAAAUGUUUGCUGCUACGCUAGGGGCAGCAGCUCAGAAUUUUAUUUUCUUUGUUUAUGAAGUUGAUGAUUCCCACUGGGCCAAGUUCUAUGCAAUCGCCUGUAUUCUGAAGGGGCAGGAUGGAUACUAAGCCACUGGAGGGAAUACUUGGCCCAACUUUUUCCCCCAUGUCCCACCUUUUCAGGAGAGGUUUUUGAGGUUUUUUUAGGUGUGGGGUUUUAUUUUAAGUUUUUUGUAAACUGAGGCUACCUGUAACUAUAACCAGUUUUACUCCAAAUAACUCAAUUACUUGCUUACUAUAGCAUCCUUUGGUCUGUGCAUGUUGGUAAAUAGCAAAUUAUUCCCUUUGAGUGAAAUUACCCAUUCAAGGUACAUGUACACAGGACUGAAACACAAUAAUAAUGAUAUCUGAGGGCUUUGAAUGUCGUUCUGCUGCGUUAGUGUUGCUUCACCAGCUUUUCUGACACUCCUGGAGUUCUUUUUGUGAGACUUAGGCAUUUAUUUUAAAAUUAGUUUGAAGCACUGUGUUAGAUUAUUUUAAAAAGUUGUGCUUGAAAUACUGUAUUUCAACUUAUGAAGAAAAGAUUUCUCAAUGCCUUCCCCCUCUGGUCCAAAAACUGAGCACUACCUACAUAAACAAUAUGGAAUUGAUUUUUUUUUUUAAAUAUUUUUUUUUUAUAAAAAUAAGUACUUCCUCUUAAAGAAAAUCAGGAUCUUCUUGUUACAGCCUACUCUUACUACUCAUCUCUUAAACUAUGAAUGUACAUGUAAUGUGAAAUUUUGCUUCUAUUUAUAGUUUUGGGGGUUUUUGUUUUCAGUCUAAUUUCUCGACUGUAAAAUAUUUUUGCUGAACCUGUUACAUAUGAAAGUUGUGGGAGAGUACUGUAUCUUGAACAUAAGUGGCUUUGGUACUGUGGUCUUAUACUACUUAAUCCAUUUUUUUCUUCCUUUUUUUUCCCCUUUUUGCUGUGAUUGGAAAUAGCACUGAACAAAAUCUACUAAAAUUAAGUUAUUUUUCUUUCUACUAAAAUUAAGUUAUUUUUUUUUCUCCUGAAGAUACUUGAUAUAGUAUUUAUUAGAAUUUUUUUUUGAAGUGGAAUUAUUACUGUUAAUCUAUUUCAAAGCUAGUUAAUUUACACUUUAAAUUUUAUAACAGUGGGUUUUGCAUGUUGAACAACAUGUGAAGAGUUUAAUGUAGAGUCAACAUUACUGAAGCUGGUAAUCUUAAUUCUGCAUUCUUGUGACACUUUUUUUUUUUUUGCAUUUCAGUCUUUAGUUACUGUUUGGUUUUGUUUUUUUUUAAGAAGAUCAUAAAAUAGGAUGUGCCAUAAGAACAUCAUUAGCGUACGGAGCUGGGAAAAGUUGAAACAAGUUUGUGUCUGAUCUUAGUAUAGAAAUAAUAAAAAAAACCCUGAUGCUAUGAGCAUGCUCUGUACUGCAGUGAAUAUGGGGCAAAAGGUGUUUUUUUCUUAAAAAAAAAAAAAGACAAAAAAAAAAAGACUUUCUCAUUCUUUAUUUACAUCAUGAACACACUGUUCUCAUAGUCUGGUAUUUGUGUUCCCACUCCUCAUAGUUUGAAUUUCUAAAGUAAAGGAAAAAAAAAACAACAAAAAAACUUUGCACUUAUUUUUGUUCUUAAGGUGACUCUUUUUUGCUAUCUCUCUGUGUGUCUCUUCAUUUUUAAGUUGCAAUAGCUCAGAGCAUGUUUUCAGAAUGGCUCAUGACUCUACAGAGAAGUACUAAAAACAUUGCACACUUAAGCUUGUCUCUUCAUAAACUGUUUCACUGUGGGGUGGUUACUGUCUCUGUAGGGGACAGUCCUGCUCUGCAUUUUAAACACUGGAUUUGUCUUCUACAAACAAAUACUGUGAAGUUAAUGUAAAAAAAAAAAAAAAUCAUUGAUAUUUUUAAUUGUUUUUAAUCUUGGUGCAGUUCAGAUUAAAUAUGUAUAUUUAAAGACACUAAUUUUUGUGGGAGAGUUUUAUAGUAUACAGUAUGUAGAGAAGCUAUUGGAAUGGAAUAUAUUUUAUAAAAAUGUUCUAUCACUGUUUUAUAGUGAACUAUUUUUUUCUUCAGUGUUAGUGUAAUACUGUUAGUCUAGAUAUGACAAUCGCAGGAAGAGUGAUUCAAGCUACUGUUAGCGCUUAGUUUUGCGUGGAGUUCUGUUUGCAACUGUAUUGGUAUGUGCUGUACAAUGUGACAAUCGUGACUAGGAUUGUUGUCUUUAUAAAUUUACACAAAAUAAAACGUGCUAGAGUUGUAA